AUGCUACAGGAGCUUGUUGGAAGAUUCAAAGUUUGAGCCACAUCUUUUCUCACUGGCGCUCAAAAUGGAAACGAUUUGGAAAAUCCUGUCUUGUGGCUUGCCAAUCAUUUCAGUUUUUCUCCUCGGAAACUUGCAUUCGAUUGUAUGUUCUGGCAAUAAUAACAAACUAUGUCCAGAUAGUUGGAUGUAUUGGGGAGGUUCCUGUUAUGUUAAAUUGCCUGGAUCCAUGACAUGGUUUGCAGCAGACACAGCUUGCAAGAACCACGGGGCGCUGAUCGUUGUACCAGAAUCUCCAGAGGAGACCUCCUUCUUGCGGGGGUUACAGAUCAAUGUUAUCUGGCUGGGCUGUUCUGAUACUGAAAAGGAGGGGCGAUGGGUGUGUCUGGAAGGGUGUGGCUUCAUGGACUGGGCAGGGCAAGGGCCAGAUAACUGGCAAGGCAACCAGGACUGUGCAGCUAUGGUGGGCAGCAUUCAGUAUCAGUGGGAUGACCGUGCUUGCACUCAAUCUCACAGCGUGGUCUGCAAGAAGCCUGCCGAUGAGACCAAGUCUGAGCCACAGUGCGCUGAUCACACCUACUGCUUUGUGAUAGAUGAAGACGGACGUCCGAUAACUGACCACUGCUUGUCUGGCUACACCCUUAAGGAGAUGAAGAUCGCCACCGCCGGUCAGUGCGGUCAAGCGUGCAUCCAGGAGCCUUGCUGCCGUUCCUUCAACGUACGUCACAACGCGACAUCGCACCAGAAGACGUGCCAGCUCAACUACGCCACCCGGGCACAGGUAAAUAGCGACAGAUUCAUCCUGACCAAAAACUGCAUGUACUUUGAAACACCCUGUUAGGCAAUGGUCCAGCAAUUUUGUGAUGCCAAAGGAAAACAAA